AGAAGACUCCCACAGCAAACACGUUUCUAGGAAGGUGCGUACAAGAACAGAACGUUAUAAUACCGGCAGGGUAGCUGAGGGACAGACAGGCACUCUGAUUUGAGAGCAAGACACAAUCUGCGACAGAGCUAGACAGCCACGCAGACAGACGCGUUUGCACAAUCAGCAACAGACUGAUAGACUGACAGACAGAGAGAUAGACUGACAGACAGAGAGAUAGACUGACAGACAGAGAGAUAGACUGACAGUCAGAGAGAUAGACUGACAGACAGAGAGAUAGACUGACAGACAGAGAGAUAGACUGACAGUCAGAGAGAUAGACUGACAGACAGAGAGAUAGACUGACAGACAGAGAGAUAGACUGACAGACAGAGAGAUAGACUGACAGACGGAGAGAUAGACUGACAGACAGAGAGAUAGACUGACAGACAGAGAGAUAGACUGACAGUCAGAGAGAUAGACUGACAGACAGAGAGAUAUACUGACAGACAGAGAGAUAGACUGACAGACAGAGAGAUAGACUGACAGACAGAGAGAUAGACAGGCGCGCAAGCAAACUUUAAUACAAACCGUCCCAGCCGGUAUUACACACACACAGUCGCUCUCACUCUCCCUCCCAGUCCCGCAGCGAUGCUGGUGUCCCUCGCUCUCCUCGUCCUGGGCUCAGCGCUCUUUCUCAGCUUGGUUCUUCGGCGGGGUGUCGGGAAGACUCUGCGCAUCCCCUGCGCCGCCUCUCCAGCAGCCCGCAUGCCCGGACCGUGGGCUCUGCCGGGUCUCGGCAACCUGCUCGAUCUGGGGCGAAGAGACCUGCCGGAGCAUCUCAACAGACUAGCGAGGCGGUACGGCGACAUCUACCGGCUGCGCAGCGGAAACACUGAUAUCGUGGUGUUGAACAGCACUGAACUGAUCCGUGAAGCUCUGCUCAAGAAAUGGUCCGACUUCGCUGGACGCCCGCACUCUUAUACAGCGGAGUGCAUCUCGUUCGGAGGGAAGGACCUGUCCCUGGGUGAUUACUCCCCCUUGUGGCGAGCUCAGAGAAGGCUGGUCCACGGUGCACUGCAGCGCUGCCGAGCCACAAACCUGGAGAGUGUGGUGACCAGAGAAGCCAGACAACUGAGUCAGGAGUUGUCCCGCUAUGCCGGCCGUGCAGUGGACCUGUCCUGUGAUUUCUCCAUGUGCUCCUGCAACAUCAUCUGUACCCUCACCUUCGGAACCCGGUUUGAGAAGGAGGACAGUGAGUUUGUUGGUAUCCACGCGUGUCUCAAUGAGAUUGUGGCGCUGUGGGGGUCUCCUCUGAUCAACGCACUCGACUCCUUCCCUCUGCUCAGAAAGCUUCCGAACCCUGCAUUUUCCAGGCUGCUGCAUGCUGUGAGCCGCAGAGACGAGAUUGUGAGCAAUCACAUCCAGCAGCACAAGGACAGGGCUGGGUAUGACGAUGCAGCUGACAUCACCGAUGCCCUGCUGCAGUCCCUGUCCCAGCCUGCGGAGGUGAUGGAGAGCCAGGAGCGAGUCACAGAGCAGCACAUCCACAUGAGCAUCGUGGACCUGUUCAUCGGAGGCACUGAGACCACCGCAGCCUGGCUGUGCUGGGCUAUAGCCUUCCUGCUGCACCGGCCAGAGGUGCAGGAGCAGGUGUACUCUGAGCUGUGUGAUGUGCUGGGCUCCCAGCGCUACCCUCUGUACAGCGACCGAGACCGGCUGCCCUUCCUCACCGCCACCAUCAACGAGGUGCUGAGACUCAGACCAGUGGCGCCCCUUGCAGUACCGCACAGGGCCACUAGGGACAGCAGCAUCGCCGGGUACUUCAUCCCUAAAGACACAGUCGUGAUCCCAAACCUGUACGCAGCACACCACCACCCCAGGGAAUGGACUGAUCCACACAGCUUCAGACCUGAGCGCUUUGUGAGCAGUCUUGCCCCGCGGGUGCCCCUGCAGUGUCUGCUCCCCUUUGGCGUGGGAGCGAGGCUCUGCCUGGGCGAGGCUGUAGCCAGGAUGGAGCUCUUCCUCUUCACCGCACACCUGCUGCGCGACUUCAAAUUCCUUCCCCCGCACGGCCAGGGCCCCCCAGACCUCACUGGACAGGCCGGCAUCGUGCUCAAGGCCCGCCCCUUCCUGGUCAGGGCCCUCCCUCGACCAGGACUUCCUGUCUAGAGAGGAGAAUGGGGAGGGUUUAUUGAAAAAUGACAUGGAAGGGGCGUGGCUUAGUAUGCAGGAUUGAUUUUAAGAUUUUAAUGUAACAUAUAAAGCUCUAAAUGGGAUGGCUCCAGAUUAUUUGACAGAGAUGUUGACUCCCUAUGAGCCUCGACAGGUAUUGAGGUCUGCUAGUUGUGCCCUUCUCUGUGUUCCAAGGGCGAGGCUAAAGAGGAAGGGAGCAGCAGCCUUGUGUGUUCAAGCCCCUCGACUCUGGAACUCCCUGCUGAGUCAGUUAGAAGAGAUCCCUCCCUGGAAAUGUUCAAAUCCAGGCUCAAGACAAAUCUGUAUAACUUAGCCUUUUAAUUCCCACUUUUUAAGCUUAUUUGUAUUUGUAUUUUAUUCUAUUUUUUAUUGUAUUUUUAAAAUAUACUGCUCUGUUUUUAACUGUCUGUAAAGAGCUUUGAACCAUUGUGUAUGAAAUGCACUCUAUAAAUAAAGAUUAUUAUUAUUAUUAUUA